GUGAUGUGAUUCCUAUCCAAAUUAUACGUUUAAAAAAAUAUCUAAGGUGGAUUUUACUUCAUGAUUUGAGUAGCUAUUUAGCCACUUAGCCACAUACUCUUCUCCAAGCCCGAAUACAAAGACGACUUCACUUAACUCUUAAAUUCUUCCAAGUCAAUUUGGGCUCCACAAUGCAGAAUUACGUCCUAUCUUUAUUUAUUUAUACCUAUCUCCUCUCUCACAUUUCUAAUAUCAAAAUCAAGUCUUUCUUACAAAGUUUUCAUCAUGUCUAAAUCGCUUUUGCGUUUGACGUUUCUCUUGCUACUCUUACUCUCUUGUGUCUCCCCUUCAAGCUUCUUCACUUUUAAUAACCCUGCUGAAGGUCCUGGUGCUUGUGGUCCCCACCAGAUUCAAGCCUUUACGCAGUUCAAGAACGAGUUUGAUACUCGUGCUUGCAACCAUAGUGACCCUUGGAAUGGAGUGUGGUGCGAUAACUCCACGGGUGCGGUCACGAUGCUACAACUCAGGGCAUGUCUUAGCGGAACUCUGAAACCUAACAGUAGCCUUUUCCAGUUUCAUCAUCUCCGUUCCCUUCUUCUCCCUCAUAACAACUUCACCUCCUCUUCAAUUUCUUCCAAGUUUGGAAUGCUCAACAACUUAGAGGUAUUGUCUCUUUCAAGUAGUGGCUUCCUCGCCCAAGUUCCUUUUUCAUUUAGUAACCUAAGCAUGCUUUCCGCUUUAGACCUUUCCAAAAACGAGCUCACUGGUAGUUUAUCAUUUGUGCGGAAUCUACGCAAGCUCAGAGUUUUAGAUGUUUCUUAUAAUCACUUCUCUGGAAUUUUGAAUCCCAAUAGUAGCCUCUUUGAGUUGCACCACCUCAUUUACCUUAAUCUCCGUUACAACAACUUCACCUCCUCUUCACUCCCUUAUGAAUUUGGCAAUCUCAACAAACUAGAGGUCUUGGAUGUUUCCUCUAAUAGCUUCUUCGGUCAAGUUCCUCCCACUAUUAGUAACCUAACCCAGUUAACCGAGUUGUACCUUCCCUUGAACGACUUCACUGGUAGUCUUCCGCUUGUACAAAAUCUAACCAAGCUCUCCAUUCUACAUCUUUUUGGUAAUCACUUCUCUGGAACAAUCCCUUCUUCUCUCUUCACUAUGCCUUUCUUAUCAUCAAUUUAUUUAAAUAAAAACAAUCUCAGUGGUUCUAUUGAAGUUCCUAACUCCUCUUCCUCAUCAAGGCUAGAGCAUUUGUACCUAGGGAAAAACCAUUUAGGAAAAAUCCUAGAGCCUAUCGCAAAGCUUGUUAACCUUAAAGAGCUCGACCUUUCUUUCCUAAACACAAGCCACCCAAUUGACUUAAGUCUCUUCUCCUCUCUCAAAUCUUUGUUGCUCCUCGAUCUUUCCGGUGAUUGGAUAUCAAAGGCUAGUUUAACUUUGGAUUCAUACAUUCCAUCUACCCUGGAAGUGUUGCGUUUGGAGCAUUGCGACAUCAGUGAGUUCCCAAACGUCUUCAAGACCCUUCAUAAUUUGGAGUAUAUUGCCUUAUCCAACAAUAGAAUCAGUGGAAAAUUUCCAGAGUGGUUAUGGAGCCUUCCUCGACUGAGCUCAGUGUUCAUUACAGAUAAUUUGUUAACUGGCUUUGAAGGGUCAUCAGAAGUUUUAGUAAAUUCAUCAGUGCAGAUCUUAAGUUUGGAUACAAACAGUUUAGAAGGGGCACUCCCGCAUCUACCGCUCUCUAUCAACUAUUUCUCUGCAAUAGACAAUAGAUUCGGAGGCGACAUACCUCUUUCAAUCUGUAAUAGAAGCUCGCUUGAUGUCCUUGAUCUAAGCUACAACAACUUCAGCGGACAAAUUCCUCCAUGUCUGAGUAACUUAUUGUAUUUGAAACUCCGAAAGAACAACUUGGAAGGAAGUAUUCCUGACAAGUAUUAUGUGGAUACGCCUCUACGAUCAUUCGACGUUGGUUACAAUCGAUUAACAGGGAAGCUCCCAAGGUCUCUUAUAAAUUGCUCAGCUCUACAGUUUCUAAGUGUGGACCACAACGGAAUCAAAGAUACAUUUCCUUUUUACCUUAAGGCUUUACCGAAAUUGCAAGUCCUUCUCCUCAGUUCAAACGAAUUCUAUGGUCCUCUAUCUCCUCCUAAUCAAGGUCCUCUGGGUUUUCCUGAGCUGCGGAUACUGGAGAUAGCUGGUAAUAAACUAACCGGAAGCUUGCCCCCAGAUUUUUUUGUGAAUUGGAAAGCAUCAUCACACACAAUGAAUGAAGAUCUGGGUCUAUAUAUGGUAUAUAGCAAGGUUAUUUUCGGGAACUAUCACCUCACCUAUUAUGAAACUAUAGAUUUACGAUAUAAAGGUCUAUCUAUGGAGCAGGAGAACGUCCUUACUUCCUCAGCCACCAUUGAUCUUUCUGGAAACAGACUUGAAGGAGAAAUUCCUGAAUCUCUCGGUCUCUUAAAGGCAUUGAUCGCACUCAACUUAUCGAACAACGCCUUCACAGGCCAUAUUCCUCUGUCUUUGGCUAAUCUUAAGAAGAUCGAGUCACUAGACCUAUCAAGUAACCAACUCUCAGGGACAAUUCCUAAUGGACUAGGGACUCUCUCGUUUUUGGCGUACAUGAACGUGUCUCACAACCAACUCAACGGUGAAAUACCACAAGGAACACAAAUAACUGGGCAACCUAAAUCGUCCUUCGAAGGAAAUGCAGGGCUUUGUGGUUUUCCUCUUCAAGAAAGUUGCUUUGGGACUAACGCGCCACCAGCACAGAAGCCUAAAGAAGAAGAAGAAGCGGAAGAAGAUGAGCAAGAGUUAAACUGGAAAGCAGUGGCAAUAGGGUAUGGGGUUGGAGUGUUACUUGGAUUGGCGAUAGCACAACUCAUUGCUUCAUACAAACCAGAGUGGCUAGUUUGUCUGGUUAAAAGCAGAAACCCGUUACGAUCUUUUUUUGGUUUUGAGUAUUAACCUUCAAUAUUUGUCAAGUUGUUGUUGGUAUUGUAUUGAAGCAUUUCCUUAAGUUUGUCAUCUUUAUCUGAUGUUUUUGUCUGUUUUGUUUUCUAUAUAAGAAGAAUGGUGAAUUCUACGUAGCAUAUCUAAUUGCUUAUACAUAUUUGAUUUUUUCCUAAAUAAACACUGAAAUUAAUAGACU